AUGACCCUUUCAUUUGCUGCUUCAAAUGCCAUUACUUAUGUUACAUACGGUGUAAUGCUAAUUACAGGUGUGGCAAUUGCACUUUACCAUGCUAAAUUCAAGACAACAAAGGACUUUUUAUGCUCCAACGGAACCAGAAAGGCCCUACCAUUGGCACUUAAUUUCAUCGCAAGUGGUGAAAAUCCUUACGAAAUGAUGAACUAA